GAGAGACACAGAGACAGACACGGGAGAAACAGACACGGAGGAAACAGACACGGGAGAGACAUAGACGGGAGAGAAGAGACGCGGGGGAGAUAGAAAUAGACACGGGAGAGACAGAUAAGGGGGAGACAGAAAAAAGAAAAAAAGAGAGAGAGAUGCACAGAAGCCGCGAUAAGCACAGAGGCAGGAGGCAGAGACAGAGACGCAAAACAGGUACAGAGACACAGAAGUAGACGGAGGUUGAAGAAGAGCGAAUCAGGCACGAAAGGGAGAAAGCAAGAAAAGGGAACCCCGGGCGUGUCGGAACCAAAGGAGACAUAGAGUGCAGACCAGAUGUAACAGCAAAAAUGGGACUGACCAAGAUGGAGGGAGACGGGCACAGACAAAAGAGGGGGCUCCUGAGACUUUGAGGAGGUCAGAAAAGCUGAGGGUUCAGGAUAAUAAUUUGGUGACAGAGAGAGCACUCAAUCACCUGCCUUCUCUUGUUUCUAAUGCUACCUGCAUGACCAUGGGUAAGAUAUUUAACUUUAUAAAAUGGGUGGAAAGGUAUGUGACUCUGUCUCAUAGAAUGUUAUGGUUAAUCGUCAUAUCUCAAAACUUAGAGGGAAGGUAACAUAUUUGAACUCACAGGGAGGAUGGUACUGCUUCAGAAAGGAGGUGUUCUAGAACAGGAAGAAAUGUUUAGGGGAGAAACAAGAUUUGGACACUAGUUCCAAAAGAGGAUUUUCUCUCUCCUUUCCUUUGUAUUUGAAAAAAAUCUUCCUAUCAUGCAAAACCAGGGAGCAGAGAACCUCUGCAUUUGGACUGAAGCACUUGGCACACCACUAUUUGGGCAAGAGCAUUAGACUUUUUGCAGUUGGAUUCUGGGGUAGAGUGGAAAUUACAGGGCUGCAGCUACUGGUCCUGAUGGUCAGGGAGAGCUGACCACAGAGGAUAACUCACAGGACAACUCAUUUCACAGAUCCACCAUGCCUUGAGACUCUGAAUGCUGAAUGAAGUCAAGGUAGAUUCAGAGUGUUAGGGAGUGAAAAAUCUCACUGGCAGGAGAGAUGGAGGGGAAGAGGAUUCUUAGAAGCAAAGACUCAGCAAUGACCUUAGAAAGCCAUUGAAUUCAACUGCUUUUAUCUUAUAAAAGGUAUAGAUAGAUCAAGGCUUAAAUUAAAAAAAAAAAAACUUUUUUACAUGAUCCUGGUAUAUAGGUAUACAAACCAAACAUUUGCUGAUAAUUUUGAGACUCCUGCAUUGUAGAGCCCUCAUAUAGUAUCUGGUUCAAGUGGCCUACUUGCUGAAAGUUGCACAAAAGAUACUUUACAGAGAUAGGGAUCCGAACCUAACUCCAGAUGUCCAAUAUAAUGUACAAGUGCAGGUUGAAGCUAAGGUGGAGUUCACGUGAGAGGAUGUAACAAUUCUAAUUGCAUUUUCCUUGGAGCCAGUAGGCUUCACUAUGUUGCCUGUGGUAUUCUGAUGAUCAAUGUCCUUGUGAAUGCUGUUUGACAUUCUGAAAGGUCACUUGUAGGGUGGGGACAGAACUAGAGAUUUCCUAUGUUUCAUUAAUUUUGAGAAAUAGCUCAUUUAAUUCUCUAGACCAAUACUGAGCCAGGGCCAGUUUUUGCUUGCUUCCGUUUUCUCUCGUAUGGCUUGGUAGCACGAGAGGCACCCAUUUGGUAACCCAGUAGAUAGUGUCUGCGAGUUUAGGGAAGUCCUCAGAUUUCCAGGUGUCAGUCAUAUGGAGCACUCUCCAAAUAGAAAGAACUUGCAGCCGUCACAGAUGAUUUCUCUAGUCAGUCCAUUUAGUCCAACUCAUACCACAAGGAAGCAGUCUGUGGUAUGUUCUACCCAGCCUCUGUUUGGAGACCUUCACUGAGAAGAAACUCAUUACUUCCCAAAGCAGCCCAUUUUUUUCUAAGUUCUCCCUGACAUUAAACAGCCAAAAUUGCCCUUCUGAGACUUCAACCUUGUUCCUGAUUCUGCCUUCUGGGGCUAAAGAGUGUAGUAAUCUCUAUACAGCAGCCCUUCAAAUACUUGAACCCAGACACAGUCUCAUGCUCCCCAUGAGUUUUCAAGACCCUUUACCAUUCUGGUGAAGCUUCUCCUCAGCCUCUCAGUGGUCUUAAAAAUUGUGGCUUUCAGAACCAACUGAACUUAGUAUUCAAUUCUGUUGAAUGAACUGGGGUUCAUUCCCAGUUGUGAAUGGGGUAUGACUCAAGGCAAAUCCUCCACUGUAUGGUCAUGAACUCUUCUUUCUCCCAGAAUCCAAAAAGCUUCCUUACAUUCUCUCAAGACCUCUUCACACUUCAUUUUUCAGUUGUAUCUGACUUGACUUCAUGAUCCCGGAUUGGUUGACCAUUUCCUUUUAUGGCUCAUUUUACUGUUGAGGAACUGGGACAAAGAGGGCUUUGUCACAAAGUGACUUGUGCAGGGAUACAAAGUGUCUGAGGUUGGAUGGGAACUCAGGAAGUCGAGUUUCCCUGACACUAGCUAGAUGAUCUGCUUUAUUCAUUUUGCCACCUGGCUGCCCCACCUAAAUCCUUACUCAGUGCUUACUCCUAUUGUACUAUAUACCAUUAAUUUUUGGCAUUUAGUGCCAAUACAAAGUUGCACAAAUGUUUUAUGCGCUCAUACUUUUUAUCCCUACAAAGUGUCAUAAUUGGUGAUAAAACACCCUCUAAUCUCUUGUUGAACUAUGUGUAAUCACAAAAAGUAAAGUCACUCAACCCUUCACAGCUUCAUCUUCCUGUCUUUUUCUACCUUUUCUUCUUUUGCCUCUCAAAUAGUAUUCUUUCACACUGAAUCAGAUCCUAAGGCCUCUCUAAAGACACAAACUAUGUAUCUGGUCCAGCUCCUAUCCACUCUCCCUGUAAAAGGUAUUCUCCAACUCGGUUGACUUAAAGACAAAAGAAAUUUUCUGUGUGCUCUGAUAAUGCAUGGAUUUACAAAAAGCCUUUGAUGCAUUUUCUAUCAUUUGUGAGUAAACGAAGGUUUUCUGACAGCAAGGAAUAAUGCUCAUCCCCGCAGCCUCAAAUAAGGCGCUGUCUGCGUCAGGGUUUGACCGACCCUGGGCUGGGUGGGGCAGAUGUGCUGUUUCACAGGGGUCUGUUGUCUGCGAUUCCCAGGCAACCUGUCUCUCGUCUUAAGUCCGGCCCCUUGCUCCACCCACUCCUCCUGGCCCUGCCUCGCAGCCCUGGACACCCCACGCACACACAGAGGCCAGAGCCUGACUGGGAAGGCUCUUUUCUGGUCCAGGGCCAUGGCCAGCUCUGCCUUCCCCCCAGGGCUACCACCCCGGGUUCCUUAUUACAUCCCAGGGUAUACUGGACACUGCCCACACCUUGGGUUCAGCCUGGGGAAGACCUAUGGACAACUGACUGCACAGCUGCUGCUGUCUGGCCCCUCUGACUUAGCCUGGCCCCCUGCCCAUCGCAUGCUUCUGCCCCCGAUCAAGCAUUCUUUCCACGGAUAUGAGAGGAUCAAGUCCAAUAUGAUCCCAGGGUACACAGGCUUUGUGCCCCGGUCUCAGCACAUCUUUGCCAAGAGAUGCACCCAGGUCUGGGCUGAAGCUUUGAGGGACUUUACUAGCCAUCUAGGUACAGGAUAUAAAGAACUGCUGGAGGCUGAGAAGAAAGAACUGGAGCCUAAGGCAGAGGAUGAGAAGGAAUCAGAGAAGCAUCUGAAGCUGGAACUGAAGUCAGAGCAAAAACCAAAGGCCUCCCCCUAUUCCAUGGAUGACAGAGAUCCUGAGAAGUUCUUCAUCUCAGGGUUUACUGGAUUUGUGCCCCGAGCCCGUUUUCAUUUUGGCUCUAGUUUUCCUGUCCUCACCAAUCAAGCUCUUCAGGAAUUUGGGCAGAUGUGCCCAGGGGCCAGGGGACAGAGGGACCAAAAGCGUCUUCCCAGUCUUUCCAAGACCUACUUAAAGAAUUUAGGCAUGGUGCCCUGUUAUAGGGAUUAUGUACCAGGUGAGACCUGGAAUGGAAAUCUGAAUCGGACUGGGGAGCUAGAGGGACAGGACGACAAAGGUCCUAAAAGCCAGAGUUAAAGCAAGUUGGAGCUGCUCUAAAAUAUCAGAUGGGGUGGAUGGCACAUCAGCUCCACAAGGAGCCAAUCUGAGACACCAAAAAAUUUUACUAAAGAUCCAAUGACUGAU